GUAAUUAUAACACAUCAAUUAUGACUGGUUCUAUAAAAAUUUGUAAUAUUUAUAAUUCUAUGAAAUUAUUUUGAUCAAAUUUGGAAACUUGGUCAGCCAUCAACCUACGAUACCUACCACGGUCUACAGAGUCUACCAUAAUAUUUUGUAAGUCAACGAAAAUAUCUUAUAUGCAUACUAAUUAGAAUAAGAAAUCCUAAAUGCACAAAAAAUAAUACUAUAUUUCAACACACACAUUAGAAACACUGAAACAGCGCCAUUUUUGCCUUUAAUUUUUCCUCUCUCCGUUUUUAGCACACCAAAAUCGUGAGCAAGAACUGAAGCGUUGAACGAAUAGUAAAGAUGGGAUCCAUUGGUAAGAAGGGCUUGCAAAAGUAUUUACUGCAGCUCCAACAACACCCUCUCAGAACAAAGGUGAUUACAGCAGGGGUUUUGUCGGCGACUAGCGAUAUAGUGGCGCAGAAGCUUUCCGGCAUUCAGAGGCUCCAGCUUAAGCGCCUUCUUCUCAAAGUGAUUUUUGGGGCUGCAUAUCUUGGUCCAUUCGGGCAUUUCUUUUACAUUAUGCUCGAUAAAAUUUUCAAAGGAAAGAAGGAUACAAAGACUGUGGCAAAGAAGGUGGUGCUAGAACAACUGACAUCUUCACCUUGGAACAACUUGCUUUUCAUGUUAUAUUAUGGGUUUGUUAUCGAAGGCAGAUCCUGGAUCCACGUGAAGCCUAAAAUUAAGAAGGAAUAUCCAACUAUCCAGUAUACGUCAUGGACUUUUUGGCCUGUGGUUGGAUGGGUAAAUCAUCAAUAUGUGCCUUUGCAGUUCCGAGUUAUUGUUCAAAGUGUCAUAGCCUGUUUCUGGGCAAUAUUUCUGAAUCUAAAGGCAAGAUCGAAGGCACUGACCAAAAGUUGAAAGCUUAUUAGUGUUUUUGGGAGGACAAAUCUGCAGCAGCAUUGUUUGAGUAGUUCCAUAGAUUUUGGAACAAGGCUAUUUGGUAUGG